GUUGACUUUGACAAAAUGACACAACUUGGGAGCAUGGAGUAUCCUGCCUUAAGAGGAAGGACGAUUACAGCGCUGAUUGUAUUAAUACAGAUUAUUUGCCUGGUAAAAUUAGCAGAAGGCCAAAAUUAUUCAUUUUGCGGCACUGACAAUAACUAUGUUAAUAACGUCAUGGAUCAGACGGGUUACAUCAUAUCAAGACGCUCGGGGCAAAUUUACUACGGGAACAACAUAAUGUGCACGUGGUUCUUGGACGCUGGUGCUGGGAACUCUCUUCACUUCACCAUUGAGAGUUCGUCUUUAGAACCAACCAGUGGAGUGUGUGACCAUCACGAUUACAUGGUAUUUUAUUACGGGAGUACAAACAGUUCCAGGUUGAGAAAUGUCACGUGGUGUGGAUCCGAUUACCCACGUACCAUUACCACCUCAGGUCGCUAUGCAUACAUCAGGUUUAAGUCCAACAGUGCCGAUUCUCGUUACUCUGGCAUUCGCUUGAAGUACGAGACUUUCAAUAACACCUUCUGUCCGCCGGGGUGGGCCACGUACAACGGCUCCUACUGCAUACAGGUUAAGACGCACAAAGAGAAGUGGAAAGACUCCCACACGCACUGUACCUAUGACCAGGCCAACUUGGUCAGCAUUUCCAGCCGACAAGAGGCAGACUUUAUUGCAGGAAUGCAGAAUAUUUCCAGUAGUUAUAUAUGGGUAGGAUUUGAAAAAUACAGCAGCAAAAAUCAUGAUUGGAAAUGGAUAGACCCUGCAGAACACUAUGAGCCGCCUGGACUUUUUGAGGCAGGAGAGUCUAACACCGAAUGUGCUGGCUUCAACCCUUCGUCCAAGUCUUACGUGGAGAUGGACUGCUCUGCAAAGAAUAUUUUCGCGUGUAAAAUGAUAAAAGGCAAUAACACUGUAUUUCCAACUCCAGACAGAAAAGAAGGCGAAGAAAUACAGUGGCACUGGGUCGGUGUGGGAGCAGGUCUUUUCGUUGUCUGCUUUUUCACUGGCACGAAAAUGAGCAAAAGAAAGAAAAAUGUGACAACAUUGGAAACAACGGCGCAUGCAACUUCUGUUCAGGUGAAUUCGACAUCAAGUUCGCCCCGAAUGCCCCAUCGAAAGGACACGCCAGCGGUGACUCUGGAAUUACGAUCACGCGAGGAAGAUCUCCCCACAUGUAAAGACAAUUCCGACGAUAGACCAAUAUUAAGGAGGACUUAUUCCGACCCGAACAUGAGAUCAGGCCAUCUCCUUUCCAGAGACUCUCGCGCUAAUAGUGGUCAGCACGUACCUGACAACGUCUCACAUCAUUCACGGGAAAAUCAACAAAUUCUCAGGGUUGACAGGUUACCCGACACGGGGAAUACAAAGGCGCGUGCUCUGCCGCCUAUUAACGUUGCACCCACUAUGCCUCCAGUGGAUAGUGGCACUGGUUCGUCUUGGCACUAUGACUAUUCAACAGAGCCACCUAUAGAGGAUGAUUCCCAUGUACAUUUACCCCCUCCCCCGUCAUAUGAUGAGAUCAUGGGCGUGGCUGAUCAUCACCAUUAGUUGUAGGUGAAAGGGUGCUGUCCAAUGGAAGAGUAGGACUGUAACACAGACUAAAUAUCAAAUAGGGGACUUUUUGUUCGACUCAUUAAAAAUUAUUGAAAGGACAAUCUAAUAUUUUUGUACAUAAAAUUUAUCUUUGAAACUUAAAUGCCAAAUAUAUCAUCAGUUCUUCACUCAUGCAAGAUUUCUCAACAGAUAGACUACACGAAUCUGUGUAAUGUUUACUACGGUUGUUUAGAUGAAGGAAGUUGUUACUUAAUAUAAAAGAGGAACUGCUGCAAACUUUUCAAAACCGUAUCUUUUGUUACACAUGUGCCAUGUAAUUAUACACGAUAUCUUUGUGCCCCACUUGUUGCACAGUUUUAGUUUUUAGCCUUGUUUCUGCUUUAACGAGAGCAGAUACAAAAAAAAACUUCGUAAAAGUAGAUGACACGUUUUAAAAAAUGAUAAAUAAAAGACAUUGCA